AUGGCUUCCGCGGCCCCCGCUAAUGCCGAGUUCCCCUACUCACUCACUAUCUGUCUGCCCCUGCCUACCAAUCGCCUAGCUUCGUCCGCGAUGCGCGCUUUGGGCGUUGACGCCGAACUAUCUCCUUUCGUACGACGGACCUUCUCCCUCGAGACCCCAGUCACUGAAGCGCCAUCCGAGCCACGCGAAAAGAAACAAAAACAAGACCCUGAGGAGUCUAAGACCGUGCUCAAAACUACAUACUCGGCUACGACCAACCGGAUGCUGCGUGUGUCCGUAAACGGGUUCAUGGAAAGUCUGGGCGUGGUGCUUGGGGUUAUGACCGAAUUGGACGUCGAUGUGCUCAAAGCCGAAAUGGAGGGUUGA